AUGGAUGACUGGGAUACCCCUCGACCCAAGCCUGUCCCUCGCGAGACCGUCGUGAGGGGCAAGAGCGCUCUCAACGCCGCUGCGCGAAGGGGUGCCAUCGUUGCGACCGAGAAGAAGUACGCCACAGGCAAUGCUACCACCAAGCCUGCCGUCGAAGGCCAGCGCCUCACCAAGGUCGACCGCUCUGACGACAUCAUCAAGCCCAACACCAUCGGCAAGGAGGUCGGCAACGCCAUCGCCAAGGCCCGAUCCCAGAUGGAGCCCAAGAUGUCCCAGAAGGACCUCGCUACCAAGUGCAACACCACCCCCACAGUCGUCGCCAACUUCGAGCGCGGCACCGGUGCCCCCGAUCAGAAGGUCCUCGCCGCCAUGGAGAGGGUGCUCAACGUUAAGCUGAGGGGUAGCGACAUUGGCGCUCCCAAGUUCGCCCCCAAGAAGAAGUAA